AUGACUUCUUCUCUGACAAGAGACCUGGAGGCUAUCACUGCUUGGGGACGCAACAAUCUUGUACAGUUCAAUGCUUCCAAAACACAGUACUGUACUUUGACGAACAAAAAACGUCUCUGCGCUCGCUCGGUUUCGAUGGAUGGCCGAGUUCUGCCAAAGAGCCAUUCAUUUCGGCUGGUCGGAGUCCAGAUCACCGAGGACCUGAUCUGGCACGAAAACAUCUCGUCAAUAGCUGUAGCCGCUGGGAAAAAGCUAGGCUAUUUAUUUAGGGCUAAAAAGUACUUUUCUCCGCAUGACCUUCUCACUCUUCUCGGGACUCUUUCGCACCGGCGGGCUGUCGGCGAUCUAGCUCUUUUCUACCGUUACACCAACGGGCUUUGCUCCUCAGACCUCUCUUCCAUGAUGCCACCGCGCGAUGUGCCUGCCAGACAGACCCGUCUGACUUUGGCAACUGGCCGAUACGACCGCUCUUUUGUCCCGAGGGUGUCGAGAUUGUGGAACAAUCUACAAGAGGAAGCUUUUCUCAGUUCUAUUAACCUUAGGCAGUUCAAAAAUCGUACUAACAAAAUUUCUUUGGGAUGA